UGAAGAACAGAGAAGAAGAGAGACUCAUCUCUCAGUGCAAACAGAAGAUGCAUGUCUCAAGGACUCGUCGACCUCAAGGAGGCAGUUUUGGAAAUGAACUAGGGUCCUCGUUCAGUCGACACUACAGCAGCAACAGUAGUAACUCUCGUGGAAAAUUUAGGGAUCACGUUUAUAAUGUUAACAAUGAUGAAAUUAUUUAUGUUCCUUCCUUAAAGAAGAGAAAAUUUUCAUCCUCUGGUUGGGAGAACAGUGGGAGAUAUUAUUUGCAGUCUGGAACUGUCGGUGAUGUCCCUUCAACAAGUAAUAGUUCAUUUCUUGCCCCCACGAGAGCUGACACUAAUGCUUACACACAUACAAGCCAUAAACGUGGCCACUCGGAAUUAGAGGAUGUUGUAAUCUUUAUGUCAAAGGAUGAGAUUGAGAGAUGCUCUCCGUCGAGGAAGGAUGGUAUUGAUUCUAUUCGAGAAACACAUCUACGUUACUCGUACUGUGCCUUCCUUCAGAAUCUUGGAAUGCGGCUGGAACUACCACAAACUACCAUUGGAACUGCCAUGGUCUUAUGCCACCGGUUUUUUGUCCGAAGAUCUCAUGCAUGCCAUGAUAGAUUUUUGAUUGCAACUGCUGCUCUGUUCCUUGCUGCAAAGUCUGAGGAGACACCGCGACCUUUGAACAAUGUAUUGAAGUCAUCUUGUGAAAUUUGUCAUAAGCAGGAUCUUACUUUCUUCUCCUACAUGCUUCCUGUUGACUGGUUUGAGCAAUACAGAGAACGGGUGAUUGAGGCUGAGCAAAUGAUACUGACAACUCUAGAUUUUGAGCUUAAUGUACAGCAUCCUUAUGUUCCUCUUACAUCUGUCCUUGACAAAUUAGGACUUUCACAAUCUGUUUUGGUGAACCUGGCACUGAACUUGGUGAGCGAAGGGCUUCGGAGUUCACUGUGGCUUCAAUUUAAACCCUACCACAUUGCUGCUGGAGCUGCGUACCUUGCUGCCAAGUUCCUCAAUUUUGAUCUCGCUUCUUACCAAAAUAUUUGGCAGGAGUUCCAGAUCACACCAUCUAUUCUUAAAGAUGUAGUCCAGCAGUUGAUGGAGCUCUUUUAGAACAGAAGAUAAGCAAGUCCCCUCGGUGAUUUGCAAGAGUGUGAGUAUAUAUGUAUUUUUGUUUUAUUAUGUGAUGCAAUACACCUGAAGAAGUCCAAUGGUGACAAAAUUUGUUCCACUCGGAUGGAAAAGGAACGGUUAGGCUAGACAAAUAAAAUCAAUCUGUCUCUUACACUUGCUGCAUAAAGUCAACAGGUGAUUGAAAUGGGAUAUGGUGUGCAUUUG